CCCCUCCUGUCCCCUGCUGCCUCCCUGCAGCCUCUCUCCCUCCUGGCAAAGCCUUCAGACCUUCUAGAUCUUCACUGUCUAGGGCGCCCCAGCAGGCGCUUCCCUCCCUCCUUUCCUCCCUGGCUGCCUCCUCCUCCCCUCCCCUCCCCUCCUUCCCCUUUCACCCCAACCCCUGCCCUGGACUCUGCAAACAUGAGGGUCUUGGCCUGCCUCCUUGCAGCACUGGUAGGGAUCCAGGCUAUCGAGCGGCUACGCCUGGCUGAUGGUCCCCAUGGCUGUGCAGGCCGCCUGGAGGUCUGGUACAAUGGGCGCUGGGGCACCGUGUGUGACGACGGAUGGGAUCUACGGGAUGCUGCAGUGGCCUGCCGGGUGCUGGGCUGCGGGGGGGCACUGGCCGCCCCUGGAGGGGCAUUCUUCGGGGAGGGCUCUGGGCCCGUGUGGCUUAGUGAACUGGCCUGCCGGGGCAAUGAGGGGCACCUGGGCCUCUGUCCCCACCGGGGCUGGAAAGCCCACAUCUGCUCUCAUGAGGAGGAUGCAGGCGUGGUUUGUGCAGGUCAGCGUGUGGCUAACUCUAGGGAUGACACAACAUCCCUGCUGGAUGGGGAUCCAUGGUUGGCACUGUCUGAGGAGCUAAGCCCCAGCUCAGAGGAAUCCCGUGUGACUCAUGCUCCCCGCCAAGCAGCAACCCCCCAAAAUGCCUCCCGAAAGAAGAACCCUCGACCACCCAAACAGGCCAAGUCCACCCGGGCCCCUGUGCUGGGAAGCGGAGGCCCCCGCCAGGAGCGGAUGCGCCUGGUCUCAGGUCCCCAUGGCUGUGCUGGUCGCCUGGAAGUCUGGCACGGUGGGCGUUGGGGCACUGUGUGUGACGACGGAUGGGAUCUUCGAGAUGCCACAGUGGCCUGCAGGGAGCUGGGCUGUGGAGGGGCACUGGCUGCCCCUGGGGGUGCUAGAUUCGGGCCUGGUGCAGGACCUGUGUGGAUGGAUGAUGUGGGAUGUGGAGGAGGAGAACAGGCCCUCCGGGACUGUCCCCGAAGCCCAUGGGGCCGGAGUAACUGUGACCACACAGAGGAUGCUGGGCUUGUCUGCAGCGGUCCUGCACCCAGGCUACGCCUUGCUGAUGGCCCCCAUGGCUGUGCUGGCCGCCUGGAGGUGUGGCAUGGCAGUCGCUGGGGGUCAGUGUGUGAUGAUGCCUGGGAUCUUCGUGAUGCUGCUGUGGCCUGCAGGGAGCUGGGCUGUGGCAGGGCGCUGGCUGCCCCAGGGGGUGCCUUCUUUGGGGAGGGGGCCGGACCCAUCAUCUUGGAUGAUCUCCGUUGUCGGGGAAAUGAGACAGCCCUGCGAUUCUGCCCGGCAAGGCCCUGGGGCCAACAUGACUGUCACCACCGAGAGGAUGCUGGGGCCGUGUGUGAUGGCAUGCCCCUCGGCUAUGUGUUGCCCACAGCCCCUGCAGUGGACAGCAACAGUUCAACACCCAGGGAGGUGGCAUCCAGGCCCCUGUCCACCACAGUGGGCCAGACCCCAGGCCCAAGAGUCAGCUGGCCUCCUCCAGCCUCUCCUACUGCCCCUCCAGAGCCUGGGCCGGAAGCUGGGUCCCCCCAGCUGCGCCUGGUGGCUGGGCCUAACAGGUGCUCUGGCCGGCUGGAGGUAUGGCAUAAUGGGCGCUGGGGGACAGUGUGUGAUGACAGCUGGGACAUGCGAGACUCAGCUGUGGUCUGCCGGGAGCUGGGCUGUGGAGGACCUCGGCAGUCAGACCCUGUAGCGGGUCGCUUUGGCUGGGGCGCAGGCCCCAUCUGGCUGGAUGAUGUGGGCUGUGUGGGAACAGAGGCUUCGCUGUCUGACUGUCCUGCUGCUUCCUGGGGGAAACAUAACUGUGCUCACAAUGAGGAUGUCGGGGUCAUCUGCAUUGGGACCCCCGGCCUGGACACCAUCUCAGACCCCUUCAGUUGGAGCUGGCUCCCUGGGUUGGGUAGAGAUCAGGAUGCCUGGCUCCCGGAAGAGCUGGCCACCAAGCCCUCUGCCAGUCACACCCCCGGUGUGCUGGAGAAAACCACAAAGGCUCCAGGGAAAGUGCAGAAGAGCACUAAGAAGUGGGUGACCAAAAACACAAGGAGACCAACCACUCAGCCCCCUGGGAUGCCAACCACUAAACGCACCAGAGUCCCAGGCACCCUAAACCCCCCAAAUCCAACUUCACGUACCUCUGAGUUACCCAAAAGACUGACCACUGAGGCUCCCCACAGACGGACUUCACAUACCACCUCAAAGCAGACCCCUCAGGCACCCUGGGAGUGGACCUCAGAGACUGUGGCAACAGCAGCCACUCAACGCCCCCAGACCUCCCUGGAGCCAUACCCUGAGAGCCCAGAGGGUUCGCUGGAGUCAUCCAAAGAUCCAGCCCCCACCCCCACUACUGGAAUCCCUGUGGAAUCAGGCCCCUUCCGAGUUCGUCUGGCUGAUGGGCCCGACAGGUGUGCUGGCCGGCUGGAAGUGUGGCAUGCUGGACGCUGGGGGACAGUCUGUGAUGACAGUUGGGACCUGCGGGAUGCCACAGUGGCCUGCUGGGAACUGGGCUGUGGAAAGGUCCGGCCCCGAGUGGGCAAAACCCACUAUGGCCCUGGGACUGGACCCAUCUGGUUGGAUGACAUGGGCUGUAAGGGGAGCGAGACGUCACUGAGCGACUGUCCCUCGGGGACAUGGGGGAAACACAACUGUGACCAUGAGGAAGACGUGGGCCUCACCUGCACUGGCUACACAGAUGAUGAUGAUUAUCCCACCUGGACCUGGGACCCCAUUUCCGGAGAGGAAUUGGCCAAAGGGACCACUGUGCCAGCACAGUCUGGACACACUCUUUCUAUUGGUACCAUCAGGCACCCGGAGUUCUCCUCCACGGCAACACAGAGCCGUCCAGAUACAGGUGACCAGGGUCGUUAUAAGAUUUCCUGGACAUGGGACACACCUUCAGGAAGGGGUCUGUCUAAAGGGACCCCCACCACAACCAGACCUGGAACCACUAUUACGACUGGCACCCCAAAAAUUCCAGACCACCCCUCUGCAGCUCCAAGGGCUCAUUGGGACCCAGGUUCACCUAGGAAGCCAAGUCCUGAGCGCCGACUGCUGCGGCCCACUGCACCCAGGACAGCGCCCACCACAUCGUCCCCAAGCCCUUCUGCCUUGCCGGGGCCUUCUGACUCACAGCUGACCUCUGGCUCCUGGCCACAACUCAUCCCAGACACGGCUUCAAAGCCGGAGGUGACCACUGGCCCUCCAGACGCGUCUCCAGCCACCCCAGGACUGACCCCCUUGAUGACAUCUGAUCUUGCUUUGUCUACGCCGGAUGUCACUUUACUUCCAGCUCUGGCCCCGGAGCACUCACCCAGCCCACCAUCCACCUCACCCCAAGGACUGACCUCUGACUCUUCUGCACUGACAGAGGGGACCAGCCUUUUCCCUACCUCAGAGGUGACCCCAGGAUCCGAUACAACCCCAGACUUGGGCACAACGCCACCCCCCCAUACAGAACCAGAGGGUUCUGAGUCCUCAGACCUCCCCACGAACCCCACCAUCACUACACACCCAACCUCUCCCCCUCACCCCACCACCACGCCCCACCCUACCACGAUCCCUCACCCCACCAUAGAUCCUCAACCUCCCAUCACUCACCACAGCUCAACUCCUGCCAUCACUACAAAGUCCCUUCCACCCUCCCUGGUGACAGAACUUUCCUCUCCCCCUCCAGCAGUGAGGGGCAAGCCGAGCCUGCACCCCGACCUGAUCUUUGUGGGAGCCCCUCACACAAUCACAUCCCAUGUACAGAAUCUAGAACCCUCUCCAGCUUCAGACUCUGACCCUUCCAAACCCUCUCCAGCUCCAAGCAUGGACCCACCAUUCACAGAAGACUUCAAACCAUUCAGCAGUCAGAGCCCAUCUGCUCAGACCCCACACUCAGCCUCUGACCCCACGGUGAACCCUGACCUUCACCUCUCCUCCAUGGUCCACCCCUUGGAUCAACCUUCCCCUGACCACCACACUCUGGGGCCAAGCCCUGAUCACAUUCCAGGCCCUCUUGGCCCAUGUGUGUCCCCAACACCACCCGUAAGAGUCAUGGCUUGUGAGCCACCAAUCUUGGUGGAGCUGGUGGCUGCUGUGAGGGAGGUGGGUGACCAACUGCAGAGGCUGACCCAGGUUCUGGAACAGGACCGGCAGGAGCGUCAAGCCCUGGGGCUGGGGCUGGUCCGAUUGGUAGAGGCUGCCCAGGGUCUGGGGCAGUUAGGUGAGACUGUAAAGAGACUGGCGUGGCCCCCUAGCACACCCAUGCCCACCAUCACCACCACAGAGGAGGAGAGGCCUCUGAGGGGGGAUGUGUGAGCCACUCCAAAAUUUGGAAUGCUUAAGACAUUCUUAAACCAAAGAAAACCAAAAUAUUUAAUGAAAAAGAAAGUGUGGAUG